GCCUUGUCUAAACGUAGCAUAUUUUCACAUCAGCAUCUUCCCAAAUCAAUUAUAAUUGUAAUUUUAUUCAGUACGAUAUCCUGUUGGUUUACACCUUAUAUCAGGGCAAGGAAGCGAUCGAAAGUCGGUUGAUUGAAAUUCAUUGGAAACAAUGUACACGAUUGUUGAUUUUUACGGCAAGCAAGCCGACUAUAGCUGUGGCUAUUGCAAGCAACCCACAUCCUGCCAAUCGCACGGGAUGUGGGCUCAUACCAUGACCUGCCAGGACUAUCAGGAUCUCAUUGAUCGUGGCUGGCGCCGUUCCGGAUGUUACUGCUACAAACCGGAUAUGCAAAAAACUUGCUGCCCCUCUUACACGAUAAAAUGCGACGCAGAGGCGUUCCGGCUGAACAAAUCGCACAAGAAGAUAAUUAAGCGGGUCAACAAGUUUCUCAAAGAUGGACUCAAAGGAAAGGAUGAUGCAGUGGCGAAUGAAGCAAGUCAUGAUGGAGCUGAAGGCGGAGGCGGUGGUGACUUAGAAAUGGGAGACGUGGCGCGUAAUCCUAGGAAAGAACUGGAUUUAAAUAAUUUGACAGGGUUGUGUGAAACGAACGAGCAAGUGGAAGUAUUUGGUCAAGAUACCGUCGAUGGCUUGUGCUUGCCGAAAGAUGCUCACACAGGGAGCAGCUCUAAUUUGUCUACAAAAUCGUCUAGCGGUGGUGGCGGGCAACCACCUAAAAAGGCAAAGCUGUUAAGAAUAGAACGAAAAAGGGAGAAGCUAAUACAAAAAGGAUUAAACGUUGAGGAAAUUAACCAAAAAAUGAGGGACGCAAAAGGAAAAAAUGUAGAGAAAAGUCUGGAAGACUUCUUGAAUGAGGAACCACAAGAAGGAGAUCAAGCUGCUCAUCGAUUAAAGGUAAAGUUAGUUCCAUCUUAUGAAGGUGCGACUGAUUUGGUGUACGCUCUCUACUGUUCCUAUCAAAUGAGGAUCCACCAGGAUCCGGCAUCGAAAUUGACAAUGGAUCGCUAUAAACGAUUUCUGGUGAAAUCUCCACUGAAGCUCGUGACCAUCUGCACCUCGAGCAGUGAAUUCAAGCAAAGCCUAGAAGCCUCUUUUGCCGUGUACAAGAAGUAUCAAUCCGAGGUACACAACGAUCCACCUAAAACCAUUGAGGAAUAUCUGGACUUCUUGGUCACAUCCCCGCUCCAGUUUAACACUGGUGCAAACACGCCGAGUUGUGGUCUCGGAUCGUUUCAUCAGCAGUACUGGUUGGAUGACCGGCUUAUCGCCGUUGGGGUGAUCGACGUGCUUCCGAGCUGCGUUAGCUCGGUAUAUUUUUUCUACGAUCCCGAGUAUAGUUUCCUGUCGCUUGGAACAUAUGCAUCUAUGAGAGAACUUGCGUUUACGCGUAAAUUACACCAACACACGCCCAGUAUUUCUAAUUACUACAUGGGAUUCUAUAUCCACUCGUGUCCCAAAAUGCGCUACAAAAGCAAUCUACAUCCGUCGUAUCUGCUAUGCCCGGAAGUGUACAGCUGGCACCUGCUGGACGAUCGAAUUGUGCAGAAACUGAACCAGAACAAAUAUUGCCGCCUAAACGAGGAUCCCAAGGCUGUCGAUCAGAACGCGGCGGGACCACAGGACAUAAACGAUGUGCUCAUUCUGCACGGCAAUUCAUACCGGCGGUAUUCGCUGUUUAUGAAAAUGGUAGGUCUGUUGCAGCCAAAUAAAAACACAACCACCUAUGCAAAACUUGUUGGGAAACUAUGCUUGGGUCGAAUGCUGCUCUACGAAGGGUAAAAUAGUGAGUACAUUACAUUGCUGCGAUAGAGUAUUUUGAACCAUUGAGUUAAGCCGAACAUGUAUGAACUAAUUUUUUCAAACUUACUCUGUAUUCUAUGUUACUGGCAUAUAGAUCACAUGAAAAUCGAUAUGGCUAUUUAUUAAAAAUAUAAUUUAAACGUUCUCUGCCGUUGA